AUGUUUGAUAAACUCAAGCUUACCUGUGCUCCUGCGGUCGGCGGCUCGGCGGAGGACUUCGCCCCGUUCAUCGACACGGUCGGAGGCUCGGCGGCGGCGGUGGAGGACGACCCGGUCAUCAGAGAAGGCAGCGACUCAGCGGCGGUGAACGACGCGGCGGCUGCGGUGGACGGCGACCCAGACAUCGGUGAUUGCGGGGAACUGCACGAGAUGGCGGGGGUCCACGCGACCUCUCCCCGGUCCCGGACGGCCGAGGACGCGCCAUACACAGGAUUUAGAGGCGCCUUUACACAAACAUUUUCGUUAUUCUCUUCCUCUUUGUCUUCAAAAAAGCCCGCCAAAAGGAAACCCAACCCAUCCCCCAGCAACCCUACCUGGCCUCCUCCUCCCUCUCCCUCCCCUCCCCCUUUCUCUCCCUCCCCCUUCACCUGGAGGACGAUCAAUAUGCCUCUCUCUCCUCUCUCUCCUUGCUCUUCAACUGCAACAGCAAUAAUAACCAACAAUUUUUCUGGUCAGUACCACAACACAGCGGACUCUGAUGCUCUUUUUGGUUCCAGUGGACUACACAUCAUCCACCUAAAUGUGAACAGCCUCUCUGGAGCCAAACUCGACCAAAUCAGAGAAAUGUUCCUCAACACGAAGUAUAUAUGAUAGUAUAUAUCUGUAUCAUGAAUCAAUUUAAGUGGACCCCGACUUAAACAAGUUGAAAAACUUAUUCGGGUGUUACCAUUUAGUGGUCAAUUGUACGGAAUAUGUACUUCACUGUGCAACCUACUAAUAAAAGUC